GCGGCGCUGAGGGACAGGACCGGGACCGCCACCGCCACCGCCGCUGUCACCGUCACCGUCACCGCCGGGCUGGCACAACUGCACCGGCCCCGCCCGUGCCCCGGCGGCCGUGAAAGCGACCAUUCGUGCUCCUCGGGCGGGCGGGCGGAGUACUUUCCGCUGUUUUGGGCUCUGCGCCCAGAGUUUCUGCUGAAAGCCGCAGUAAACCCCUUCCGGUCUCUCCUUUGGCUACAGGACACUUGAGAGGCUUUAACUGUCAGCAUUCAGAGUAAGAACUCGUAAACUCUUACCCAAGAAGUAGUAGCGAGACUAUUUUUGGACGUGAAGGAUGGACUUCUCAGUGGUUACUGUUGGCCACGUGCAAAAUGUGCUUUCAGCUAUGCAGAAGAACUUGGAGUGCCCAAUAUGCUUGGAUGUGGUACAAGAGCCAGUUUCAACAAAAUGUGAUCACAUAUUCUGCAGGUUCUGCAUGUUCAAACUUCUCAGCAAAAAGAAAAGAGGUGUGAUACAGUGUCCUCUGUGUAAGACUGAAGUUACCAAGAGGAGCCUGAAAGAAAAUUCCAGAUUUAAGCAACUAAUUGAAGGACUGUUGGAAACUAUCCAUGCUUUUGAGCUUGACACUGGAGUGAAGUUUUUAAAGAGUCACCACAUUCGCAAAACACCCACAGAAGCCACUGCUGCUGAGCUCCUGUGUAAAGAGAGUUCUGUCAUUCAAAGUAAGGGCUUCAGAAACAGGAGAAAAAGUGCUAAAAAUGGACAAGAAAACACCACCUUGCAGGAAACUACUGGGAAUACUCAGCUUACAGAUACCAGGGUCAAAAGGUGUCGCCUCAGAAACAACCCCCAGAAAUGUGACUCUCAGAAAGGGGUUUAUGUGGAGUUGGGGUCUGAAUCCUCUGAAGAGUUUUUUAAACAGGCAAGCAAAACUGGGUUUAAAGACAAAGCUGCAGUUCAGAUUCCUUGUCAAGAAAAGCUAGAAGAACUUGAGAGUGUUGAGAAGGGGAAUGAAAAUUCCUGCAGUGCACAGCCUGACAAGCUGUGUGCCAAAGAAAUAACACUACCAAAUGUCAUAGGUGAAAGUGAUUUCUUGAAGGAAGGCUUGAGCAAGAAAAGCAUUCAGAGCGUUGCUGAUUGUGCCAAACCUGACCAAGUGAAUAUGACUGAAUGCCAGAGUUCCCCUUUAGAUGUUCUUGCUGCAGACCUGCCUCCAGAGCAGUGUGACAGAAUAGGUAAUUCCAGUCCCACAGUGAACAGGGGCACGUCAUUCUUCAAGAACACAGAAGAAACGGAUGAAGAGCCAACUCAGUACAACAGUAAAAACAAAGAGUUUGACUUAAAAGGUGGUUCAGGGAGCAGGCUGGAUAAAAACCAGGAAAUGGAUACUGUUUUACAAAGUGAGGAAGCUGUGGAGGUGUGUGAACCUGAGAGUGACUCUGACUCUUUCCAUGACAAAGAACUGCCUCAGGAGAAGCUACUUCAGCCAGAGAAGACACUUCCCUCUGCCACCCUGGAUCAAGUCUCCAGGAAGAGACUGAAGCGAAGCAUUCAGAAAGUCAAUGAAUGGUUUUCAAAAAGUAACGAGAUCCUGUCUUCCAAUUCUUCCCUGGAUGAUUCUGCUGGAGGAACUGAUGUUUCAGGUGAAGGAGAUGCACAUUCAUCAGAUAAAGAAUCCUGUAUUUCAGAAAAUACUGACCCUGUGGUAGAUUCCAUGGAAAUUGCAGUGGUUGAAAGAAACAAGAGAUGGUCAAAGCAAACAGCAGAUAGCAUCAAAGACAAAAUAUUUGGAAAAACCUACAGAAGAGAGAGGAAAGCAAAUCUCCCUUCUACCUCCAGAGACAUUUUAUCUACUACAAAAAAGAAAGAUGUGGCUGCUGAUAAGUGCUUGAACAAUUCCAGCAGAGACAGACCCAAACGAAAAAGGAAGACUGCCUGUGUCCUGCAACCUGAGGAUUUCAUCGAGAAAAAAGAUACAGGAGAGGCAGAUGGAGGCCCUGAAAGUGUUAGCAGAUGCCUUGGAGAUGCUGAAAAGAAAAGAUGUGAUGGAAGUGUUGCUGUUAAUGAGAGUCACCUCUCUCAGAAUAGAGUGGAUAAUACACUAACAGGACAUGAGGAAGGAGGAGGGGCCACAUGGAAAAAAGCUACUGAAAAGGUGACUAGCAAGCACUGUGAUGAGGAGCUAAAAAUGUGUGUCAGUGAUCAGAAAAGCACUAAAAAAAGUUCUGCAGCAAAAAGAUGCAGGCGUUCCACUAGAGCCAUGUGUGCUCUGCAGUUAGCAGUGGACAGAAACUCUGUUUCCCCUGAUCCAACUGAGCCACAGAUUGAUAGCUAUCCAAGCAGUGGAGAGCCCAGGAGAGCUGAUUCUGAGCAAAACCAAGUCAGGCGCAGCAGGAGGCUUCAGUUACUCUCUGAAGAAAUGAAAGAAAUGACAAAAGAAACAGGAAAAGGAGUAAUAGCAAAGGGACCACGAAAGAAUGGCAGUGACCAUGGAGGAUCUGUCUCUGGAGACCAAAAGAAUGUGGCAGCUCAGGCUGCUGAAUGCAAAGACCUGUGUGAGCCUCAGGAUAUGCUGAGUUCUGAGGCAGUCACUAGUCUGAAGGGAGGUGAUCUGGAAGCAAAUGAAAUGCAGGUUAGUCCAAAGAGUUUAUGUGACACUGCAGAAACUGGAAAAAGUCUCUUCAAUCCUGCAUCUUCAUGUCAGCCUCCAAACUGUGGUUCCUUUACACCUUAUGCAGGUUCUCAAGACAGUGAAAUACAAGGUAGCCCUCUCCUCCUGCAGCCUCCUUCAGUGCCUGCUGUGCAAACUGCUUCCCCUCAGAGUGAAGAGGUGACUGAAUCACUUACUGCCUUUCCACAGGAAUGUGGGCACGAUUCACAGAGUGUUCCAGGGCACUUAAGAACUGAGAAGUUGCCCCUGGCUAAAACUGUUUCGGAAUCGACCAAGGAAGCAGAAGACAGUGAAUUAGACACACAGUACCUGCGAAAUAUAUUUAGGCAUUCAAAACGCUUGUCCUUCAGCCUUUUCCGGGCUCCCAGGCAGAGCUGUGCAGCAGAAGAUCCUGAUUCUGAAACUUUAAAUCCAUCACGUGCUGCUCAGGUAGAAAAUAAGCAUAGCAAACGUUUACAAGCAGAAAACUUGCAAGAGGAGAGAGCAACUGCUGAAAGCUUGAGAAGGGUUUGUGAGAAAGAGAAGCUUAAGGCCUGUGAGUCUGCCUGUGUUGAUGAUGUGACUUGCUUUGCUGUCAGCACAGGAGAACACAGACAUGCUGUUUCUCAAGCUGCAAAGAAAGGGACUCUGACACCAGUGGGAAUGGGGACUGCUGGGACUGAGGCCAAAAACCCAUCACUAAAAGGCAAGCAGGGCAAUGAAAAGCCUGUGUCAGCUGACACAGGGAUAGAAAGUGAGUUGAGACAGAACCCAGUCAGAAGUAAUAGAAGCCAAAGUGGUCAGAGUAACAUAGAAGAGCAUGAUUCCACACAAACCAAUGAGAUAGGCUUCACUUCAGGAAGCAGUCUGGAAGGAAAGACCAAAGUUGUUGAUGACAAAGAACCAAGUCUACAUUUUCAAUCUGGCUCCAUGAUUUGUCCUGGAAGUUGUCAGCAAAGUCCUGCUGAAUUCAUUAGGAAAAAAAGUAGCAAAAGCGAAGGAAAACGAAUAAAGGGGAAUGAAGAACAAGCAACCCAAAGUGCUGGCACAGCAACGCCUGAGGGUUUAGUUGCAGAGGCUCUUAGAGGGAACAGUGGUUUUACAGGUUUGUCUGAAACCCCCGAUGGCUUACUGGGCUCUGAUGCUGAUUUUGAAGAGAACACCAGCUUUUGUGAAACUGAUAGGAGAGAGAAAUCUGCAGUGUUUGCCAAAGGAAGCAACAAUGCCCUGGAAAAAGAACCACACAACAGAAAUGUUGGUUCUAAGCCAAGAUCUCAAAGAAUUCAAAAGACUCGAAGACGAGCGCGGAAACUGCCAUCUUCGGAUGAAGAAUCCUGUGAGGAGGAAGAUCUGCCAUGUUUUCAGACAUUAGUAUUUGGCAAAUCAGUAAGCACACCCUUGCAGACUGAUAAACAAGUGACACCUGUGAUAGAGUCUUCAGCUAGUCCCAACACAUCACCUCACAGUGGAAGUAAUGGGGACAAUAUUAUGCAGAAAAUGCCUGAAGUUGCCCAAGGCAGUGUGUGUGUUUCACCAAGCCAGGAGUCAGAAUGCUCUGUCAACUUAUUUUCUUCCCAGUCCCUGUCUGAAGAAUCAGUUAACGGAGCCCAGGAGCUGAAGAAACUUUUGCUGCAAAUUGAUGAAUCCAAACAAGUGACCGGCGUGAAUGAGAGUAAAGAAACUUCUCAGAGUUGUAAUGGAAGGCUGAAGAGGACCAAAACCAGCUUCAAAGAUGAAUGCCAAGAAGACCCAGACAUGGGAGCAAACCCAGGCGAAGCAUCUGGAUAUGACAGUGAAACAAGUAUUGUAGAAGAUUCAUGUGGACCAUUCUCUCAGGGUGAAAUCCUUACUACACAGCAGAAGAAUGCUAUGCAAAAUAGUCUGAGAAAACUUCAGCAAGAAAUGGCUGUGCUUGAAGCAGCACUGAAGCAACAAGGGAGCCAGGCCUGUGAAUUUUUGCCUAUCCAUAGUGAACUGCCACAUCCCAGUAGGGAAAGAACAUUGGAAAUGGAACAAACGAGACAAGAAAAAGAAAGGUCUCCAGAACUGUUGCUCCCAUCUUCUGAAUCCUGUUUGUUAAAGAGACCAGAUCUGGAGAAAGGCCUUGAGUGUGACAAUGUUCUAAAGAACAAACCUCCUUGUGAAAAGACAAAACCUGUGCAGGAGGCAGUGCAAGAAUACAGGCAGUGUCAGCUUGAAACAGAAAAUGCAGAGGAGCAGAAACCUGGGACCAGGCAAAACAGUGCAUCUGUCUCAUCAAAUCUCUCUGGAAAUGUGACCAAGAAUCCAAAUAACUCUUCCUCCUCUACAAGGCUUCUUAACCCUCAAACUCCUGACGCCACAAAUGGGUCUGUUGUAGCUCAGAGCACUAAUAAAAGCUGUGGUCCAGGACACAGAUUGAAGAAAAGUGGCUGUUUUCCUGGACCUGUCCUGCACAAUGCAGCUGGGAAAGAAAAUGCUCCGAGUCCAGUUGUGACUAAGAGGAAAGAAAUGUCAAUUGUGGCAUCAGGUCUGAAUCACAGCGAACAUUUGGUGGUCCAGAAGUUUGCAAGAAAAACUCAGAGCACUUUAUCUAAUCACAUUACUGAAGGAACAACCCAUGUCAUAAUGAAAACAGACAAGGAGCUGGUGUGUGAACGGACACUGAAGUACUUCCUGGGCAUUGCAGGAAGAAAAUGGGUGGUUAGUUAUCAGUGGGUAAUUCAGUCUCUUAAAGAAGAAAGGAUCCUGGAUGAGGAGGACUUUGAAGUCAGAGGAGAUGUAAUCAAUGGGCGAAACCACCAAGGUCCUAAGAGGGCUAGACAGGCUCAGACUGAAAAGAUCUUUAAAGACUUUGAGAUCUGUUGCUAUGGACCUUUCACUGAUAUGACUACAGAACAUCUGGAGUCUAUGGUGGAGCUCUGUGGUGCCUCUGUGGUGAAGCAGCUUCAUCUGUUCACACACACCCCAAACUCUACUGCUGUUGUGGUUGUGCAACCAGAUGCCUGGAAGGAAAACACAGAUUAUGGAGCAAUACCGCAGCAGAGCCACAUUGCCAUGGUGACGAGGGAGUGGGUCUUGGACAGCGUGGCUUGCUAUGAGUGCCAGAAGUUUGAUGCUUACCUUGUGUUCUAAGGGUUAACAGCAGCUCUUUUGGCCAUUGCUCAGAAAUUCUGAUCAGUGCUGACAGUUUGAAAUUAUUUUAAGGACUGAGAGUUUUUGAGACGCGCAGAGACGACGUGUGUCUACUGUUCUUGUUCAGAGUAAACUAAUAGAUUUUUAUUAAAAAUAAAAUUGCUUAUAUAGCAUUGCCAUCUACAGAUAGAGUUAGCCACUGUUCUUUAAAGAUUUAUAUUAAUAUAAAGCACUAUUUUGAAAUUACAAAUGUUAAACAAAUUUUAAAAGUUAGAAAAUGUAGAAUAUGACCUCCUCGGAGAAAUGGUGAUGUGUUAUUUGCCACUGCAGCCAGUUUCUCUUUAUAUACUUGUGGCCAGUUUGGAGACAGUUAAAAGAGGGAUAUUGGGCUCAGGGCUUGAAUUAAAAUGUACUUGCACUCUGGAGUAACCCCCAUGUUUCCAUUUUGUUUAAAUGCAAACCCUGAACACCAUUUGUGAUUACUAAUGCAUCAGUCUGGACCACUGACUGGUUGUGUUGAAAACAUCACAAACAGCUCUCUUGUUGUAUAUCAAAGUGCCAACUCACCCUAACCAGAAACAUUGACACUUACAGCCCCCAGAAAGCCAGUGACUGAGUCUCAACAGAAACCUCUCCUUAAAACCAGGAGCCCAAACCAGUGUUGUCCAUCUGAUUUCUGACAGGUGUCUGGGGCACUGUGAAGAGUUAAUGAACAGAUGCACUUUAGUAUCCCAGUGACCCAUAAUAAGCCCAAUAAGAAUCUGCUUCUAAUAGUCCCUGUGUGCAAAAUGAGGCUGUAAAGAAAUUACUUUUUAUGGAAGAAAAUAUGUUGCUUCUUUCUGUUGCCAAGCAAUUCAACUUCAUACCUAAUUUUGUACUUUGAGAACAGAAAGAAAACCUGUUCUCAUGCAGUGGUUGUUUAAAAAAAAAAAAAA